CCCCCCCCAAAAAAAAAAAAAAACACCCCAACAACAACAAAAACAGUGAAGUCCCUCUGAAAUAGUUGCUCCUGAUUGACUAUUGCUUCUAGUUGUUGCUUAAUUGCAUAGUCAAUUCGUUUGGACUCUCAUGCAUCCAUCCACACGCAUGUGCACAAGCACAUGAAUGUACACACGGGAUGAGAUUUUAUUACCUUCACUUGCUUCUUGAGAGCAUGUAGUUUUUGUGUUUGUUUCCUAGAGGAUUGCAUGAAUGAAUGGCGAUUUUAUCCUCUAUAUUCUCUUGCAACGAAUUUGUUAUCUUUGUUACACAUUUUCAGGCAAUGGACAGAGCGCACAGAUUAGGUCAGCGAAAAGUUGUUAAUGUUCAUCGUCUCAUAAUGCGAGGAACCCUGGAAGAGAAAGUAAUGAGCCUCCAGAAGUUCAAAGUGUCAGUUGCUAAUGCUGUCAUUAAUGCAGAAAAUGCUAGUCUGAAAACAAUGAAUACAGAUCAGUUGCUUGAUCUAUUUAUGUCGGCUGAAAGCAAAAAGGGAGCUAACACAUCGAAAAUCUCUGAUGAAAACUUUGAUGGGCAACCAAAAUUAUCGGGUCGUGGAAAGGGGUUAAAAGCCAUCCUCGGUGGCCUUGAAGAACUUUGGGAUCAAUCACAGUACAGUGAAGAAUACAAUUUGAGCAACUUCUUAGGCAAACUAAGUGGCUAA